AUGGCGCUCUUGAUUGAGUCUAGUGCAAAAUCCGCAAUGUCACUAUGCAGGGCAUGCAACGCCUCUCGCGUCAACGUGAGAUUGUUUUCUUCAUCUCAAUCCUCGAUGGUCGGACCUGAAUCUCCCAAUUAUGUCGAUAUCCCCAGAAUAAUACAGCCCAUUCUGCCUCGAAAAGAAAAGCUUAAGGGUGUUCUACCCACUCCACGUGAAUUGUUCCCGCCCAGGCGACCUGAUAAGCCCACGGUUUCCUACUUGAGCGACGCGACACCUGAGCCAUCAACUGACAAGCCAAAGGUCGAGAAGCACCACCCUUUGUACGAACAGCUUGAGUGGAAAAGACGCAUGGCGGAAGUGAGACGAAAAAAUUUACGAGAGGGUUUAAUUGAACUAUAUAGACGCAAACAGAAGGCGAAGCUGUAUACUGUCAAAGAAAGCCAAGAAAAAGAAGCUCGACGGGCACAAAUUUCUCGACAGCCCGCCAGAAACGACGAGGUUUUAACUUCAAUGUCGAAUGUACAGGAUAUUGGGCGAAAACGGCGAACUGUUCUUCCGGACCCAAAUGCCGAACAGCGCCUAGCCAAGUCGAAGGCGAACGUCGCAGUGAAACGACGAUUGAAAAGUGAAGAAAGAAUAGACUCUAUUCAUACACUUUACAUGAAUGCCCGGAGUUUUAUCGUAACGGAGGAGCAGCUAAAUGCGGAGAUUGAACGAGUUUUCCCCGAGGGAGAGAACCCCGAAUGGACCAACGAUCGGGCAACUGGAGAUAGCGUUUGGAACCUUGGUCCUCCCCCGACAGUCAACGAAUUGCUUCAUAGAAAGGAUGAGGAGAAUUCUCGAUGGGUUUUGUUGCAGGAGCGGACGAAGAAAAUCGCCGAAACACUUACUGGAGGAAAGAUUUGA